AUGGUGAAGACGGCAGUAGGUCCCGGCGUUUACGGCGCGACGUAUAGUGGCAUCCCCGUUUACGAAUUCAUCUUCGGGGCCGAUAUGAAGGAGAGUGUGAUGAGAAGGCGGCAUGAUAAUUGGAUCAAUGCCACCCAUAUCCUAAAAGCAGCGGGCUUUGACAAGCCUUCGAGGACUCGAAUUUUAGAGAGAGAGGUCCAGAAGGAUGUCCAUGAGAAGAUCCAGGGUGGAUACGGAAAAUAUCAGGGCACCUGGAUUCCCUUGGAGCAAGGCGAGGCACUUGCGCACAGAAACAAUGUCUACGAGCGUUUGAAGCCCAUUUUUGAAUAUCAAGCUGGCGGCGAGAGUCCCCCUCCGGCACCACGGCACACGAGUAAACCCAAACAACCGAAAAAGCCAGCGGUUCCCAAGUGGACUGCGCCUCCCCAAGUGGACUACGAGAACGAAGUGGGUGGUGAUGACACCCCCGACAACAUUACUGUAGCAUCCGCCUCAUACAUGGGCGAAGACGACCGAUUUGAUAUGGGCCCAUCGACCGGUCAUCGCAAAAGGAAGCGGGAAGACCUGCACGAUGCAAUUGAACAGCUCCACUCGGUGUAUGGCGAUGAGCUCCUGGACUACUUUUUACUGUGCAAGGACGAGAAGGCUAGGCCUGAAAACCGACCCGAGCCGCCAGCGAAUUUCCAGCCAAACUGGCCGAUUGACACCGACGGUCACACAGCCCUCCAUUGGGCCUCCGCUAUGGGCGAUGUGGAUGUCAUCAGGCAGCUGAAACGAUUUGGCGCGAGCCUUACGGUCAAGAACAUUCGCGGCGAAACUCCAUUCAUGAGGGCCGUUAACUUUACCAACUGCUAUGAGAAGGACACCUUCCCUUUGGUCAUGAAGGAGCUCUUCGAUACUAUUGAUGAGAGGGACAACUUGGGCUGUACAGUUAUUCACCACGCGGCUACUACCAGGAACGAGCGCAUCACUGGGCAGUCAUGUUCCCGCUACUACCUCGAUCACAUUCUAAAUCGGCUCAUGGAAACACACGAUCCUGCCUUUGUUCAGCAGCUAAUCGACGCGCGAGAUAACGACGGUAACACAGCCAUUCACUUGGCGGCGAGGCGAAACGCUCGGAAGUGCAUUCGAUCCUUAAUCGGUCGCAAUGCCUCGACAGAUAUCCCCAAUAAUGAGGGCAUCCGGGCGGAGGAACUCAUCAUGGAGCUUAACACGAAAUCCAAGGAGAGAGCGCCUCAGCGGUCCUCAUCGCCGUUUGGUCCCGAAUCUCAACGUCAUGCCUCGUUCAGAGACGCCAUCGGAGGAGAUCGGCUCGGUGCUAAGAAAACUGGUGCAUUGUACUCAUCCGAAGCGGCGAACACUGUGCACUCUCGCAUAUCACCCCUAAUUUUCGACAAGAUACAAGAUUUAGCACAGAGCUUUGAUGAGGAAUGGGCCGAGAAGGAUACUGCGGAGAAAGAAGCGCGGCAGAUCCUCGCAAACAAUCAAAUGGAGCUCAGCGUUGUGACCCAAGAGAUAGCCGAACUAGAGGCUCAACUCGAGGCGGAGGACGUGGCUAACCGGAUAUCUUCAGAGGCGAACCGUGCCAAGUACGAUGUCCUCAGUCUCAUAUCUCACCAGAACCGCCUCCAAGUGCAGGCAGCGGUCGAUCAAGAGAUAAGCAUGACUAAUGGGGACGUAGCCGAUGAGCCUUACGAGGUGAAGCUCGGACUCGCUCGUGACCUUUCGACGCUCCUGAAGGAACUACGACAGUCGGAGUCCGAAUACGUCGAAGCGCUUGGCAUGGUGGGCACCGGCGAGAAGAUCGAGCAAUACCGACGUCUUCUGAAGAAGUGCCUCGAUCCGACCGACGCUGAGACUCUCGACUCGAAUCUCGAUAGCCUUAUCGAGAUGAUGGAGGAAGACAAGGAUGUUGUUGACAUGGCCGGUCCAGGCAGUGACGCCAUGGAUGUCGUUGCUACAUGA